CCAAAAAAUAAAAACUCAAAAAAAUCAACCAACAAAACUAAAAAAACAUACUCACAUUCUCUCUCUCUUCUUCUCUCUUCUCUUCUUCCUUCUUGAUCCAUUGGGAACGAAACUUGAACCUUAACCUCAACACAACAGAGCGAAUCAGAGAAGAAACGAAGCUCCAUUGAUUCCUCCAAUCUGUGAUUGAAUCGAUUCAACCACACCCCAAUUGGUUGAAGACCCCAAUGCGGUCUUCCAGAACCAGAAGAACCCAUAAGAAGAAGAAGAAAAAUCAAAACUUUUCAGAUUUGAGCACGACCCAGAUUCGAAACCGAUCUCAAUUCCGCUUCCACUACCGACCCCGAUCGAUUGGUGGAUCUGAAUCUGAUGUGGUGCGUUUUGGGGAGAUGGGUGUCGUUUUGGGGUUGCAGCAUCAUCUACGUCUCUUCUGCUUCUUCUUCUUCUGCUAGGGUUGCUGCUGUGAGGCUGCAUAUGCAUAGACGACGAUGCAGCUUCACUUCUCUCCUAGCAUGAGAAGCAUCACGAUAUCGAGCAGCAACAACAAUGGGUUCAUUGACUUGAUGAAGAUCAAGGUCGCAGCUCGCCACAUUUCCUAUCGAACCCUCUUCCACACUAUCCUCAUCCUCGCUUUUUUGUUGCCUUUUGUAUUCAUUCUCACUGCUCUUGUUACCCUUGAAGGUGUCAACAACUGCUCCUCAUUCGAUUGUUUAGGCAGGCGGUUGGGACCAAAGUUUCUUCGUAGGGUUGACGAUUCGGGGAGACUGGUUAGAGAUUUUUAUGAGAUCCUUAAUGAAGUAAAGACUGAGGAAAUUCCAGCUGAUCAAAAGCUGCCAGAUUCCUUUGAUCAACUGGUUUCUGAUAUGAAGAACAAUCAAUAUGAUGCGAAAACUUUUGCGUUCAUGUUAAGGGGAAUGAUGGAGAAAUUUGAGAGAGAAAUCAGAGAGUCUAAAUUUGCAGAGCUGAUGAAUAAACACUUUGCAGCAAGUUCUAUCCCUAAAGGGAUUCAUUGUCUGUCUUUGCGUUUGACUGAUGAGUAUUCAUCAAAUGCCCAGGCACGCAAACAAUUGCCUCCUCCAGAGUUACUUCCUUUACUGUCUGACAACUCUAACCACCAUUUUAUUCUGUCAACUGAUAACAUAUUGGCUGCUUCAGUGGUUGUUACUUCUACUGUCCAGUCAUCUUUGAAACCUGAGAAGAUAGUCUUCCAUGUGAUCACCGAUAAAAAAACUUAUCCGGGUAUGCACUCAUGGUUUGCGCUAAAUCCUGUCUCCCCUGCUGUAGUUGAAAUCAAAGGCAUUCACCAGUUUGACUGGUUGACUAGAGAGAAUGUUCCAGUACUUGAAGCUGUAGAAAAUCAAAACGGGAUCAGGGACUACUAUCACGGGAAUCAUGUUUUAGGAGCCAAUCUCAGUGAUACCACUCCACGUAAAUUUGCAUCUAAGUUGCAGGCUAGAAGUCCAAAGUACAUAUCUUUACUCAACCAUCUCCGCAUAUAUAUACCAGAGCUUUUCCCCAAUCUUGACAAGGUGGUCUUUCUAGAUGAUGAUGUGGUGAUUCAGCGUGAUUUGUCUCCUCUUUGGGAAAUUGAUCUGGAAGGAAAAGUAAAUGGAGCUGUGGAAACUUGCAAAGGUGAAGAUGAGUGGGUGAUGUCGAAGCGAUUUAGGAACUACUUCAAUUUUUCCCACCCCCUCGUUGCAGAGCAUUUGGACCCUGAAGAGUGUGCAUGGGCUUAUGGAAUGAAUAUAUUUGAUCUUAGUGCAUGGAGAAGGACUAAUAUAAGAGAGACAUAUCAUUCCUGGCUGAAAGAGAAUCUGAAGUCAAAUCUGACAAUGUGGAAGCUAGGAACCCUACCUCCUGCAUUGAUUGCAUUCAAAGGCCAUGUUCACCCAAUUGAUCCCUCUUGGCACAUGCUUGGCUUGGGUUAUCAGAACAAUACCAAUAUUGAGAGAGUGAAAAAGGCUGCUGUUAUUCACUACAAUGGCCAGUCAAAACCCUGGUUGCAAAUUGGCUUUGAACAUCUUAGGCCAUUUUGGUCCAAGUAUGUCAACUAUUCAAAUGAUUUUGUUAGGAACUGUCACAUCCUGGAACCAUAGUCUACCAAUGAGGAGCAUUGCACUUUGUACAAUAAGGAAACAUGAAAGGGACGCACGGGUAAUUCAGGUUUCAUCUAAAUUUUUGAGGCUUGAGAUUUUCUUCAAGAUAAAUUUGACAAGGGCAAGUGGACUUUUGGUUGAGAGGGAAAAGUGAUCAAAAGCUUUGUGGGUGGAUUUGCUACAAUCCCCCACCCCUGCAUGGCCUUGAGAAUCAUUUGAGUCCUUGAGUUUGUGAAAUAGGAACACACCCCUUAUUUUUGGUUGGUGAAAGGAUACUAUUAUUGGUCUUCUAUGGGACAAAAAAUAUAGCAAAAGAUUCCAUGGUUGAAUGUUGGUGAAUAAACUGAUUGCUGGAGAUAAAAAGGUCAUGCCUGUUUCAUCAAUCUAGUUGGUGUUGAGAAGAACACAAGUGCUAGGACAGUUAAUUUGUGAGGUUCCCCCCUCUAGAGCCAUCAAUUUUUUUAGUUUCUUAAAUUUUGUUAGUACCAAUUUUUACCUUCACCCAAAUUUGAUUUGUUAUCAUGAUGGUGAAUUCUAGGAGUAGUUCACGAUAUUGCUUUGUUACGGGUCCAUUGAAUUGGGGAACUGUUUGUAGGAUAUAUAUUGUUAUUCAUUGUGUACGAUUACUGAGACAUUGGAAAUGUGCAGAAAAUUCUUUUUUCCUCUUC